AUGAAGUCGUUCACUCUCCUGACGGCUUCGGCGCUGUUGGGCAGCGCUGCCGCCGAGGUUCACAGACUGAAGCUCAACAAGGUCCCUCUGGCCGAGCAACUGAACACACACAACAUCGAUGCUCAUGUGCACAACCUGGGCCAGAAGUACAUGGGAAUUCGUCCCGAGAAGCACCAGGACUUGUUCCGCGACACUUCCUUUAAUCCUGCUGCUGGCCAUGAUGUGCUGGUUGACAACUUCCUGAAUGCUCAGUACUUCUCCGAGAUCUCCAUCGGUACCCCUCCCCAGACCUUCAAGGUUGUCCUUGAUACCGGUAGCUCCAACCUGUGGGUCCCUUCUUCGCAGUGCAGCUCUAUCGCCUGCUUCCUUCACAGCAAGUAUGACUCGUCUUCUUCGAGCACCUAUGAGAAGAAUGGCACCGAGUUCGAGAUUCGCUAUGGAUCUGGCAGCCUGAGCGGCUUCGUGUCUAGGGACACCCUUCAGAUUGGUGACCUGAAGGUCAAGGGACAGGACUUUGCGGAAGCUACCAAUGAGCCUGGUCUGGCUUUUGCCUUCGGUCGCUUCGAUGGUAUUCUUGGCCUUGGCUAUGAUACCAUCUCUGUGAACAAGAUGGUCCCUCCCUUCUACCACAUGAUCAACCAGAAGCUCGUUGAUGAGCCUGUGUUCGCUUUCUACCUUGGCGAUGCCAACAAGGAUGGCGAUGACUCCGUGGCUACUUUCGGUGGCAUCGACGAAAGCCACUACACUGGCGAGCUCAUCAAGAUCCCUCUCCGUCGCAAGGCAUACUGGGAGGUCGAGCUCAACUCCAUUGCCCUUGGUGACAAUGUUGCUGAACUUGAGAACACCGGUGUCAUUCUGGACACUGGUACUUCCCCUCAUUGCCCUGCCCUCCACCAUGGCCGAGCUUCUGAGAUCGGUGCCACUAAGGGCUUCACUGGUCAGUACAGUGUCGAGUGUGACAAGCGGGACUCGCUGCCCGACCUCACCUUCACCCUGGGCGGCCACAAGUUCACCAUUGGUCCCUACGACUACGUCCUGGAGGUCCAGGGCUCUUGCAUCAGCAGCUUCAUGGGCAUGGACUUCCCCGAGCCUGUGGGUCCCCUGGCUAUUUUGGGUGAUGCCUUCCUGCGCCGCUGGUACAGUGUCUAUGAUGUCGGUAACAACGCCGUCGGUCUGGCCAAGGCCAAAUAA